AUGCAACACAUCGAACAAGAUCGGGCGCCAGCUGCAAGUGGCGACGCCUUACCGACGUAUGACGACUUAGCAGCGCAGGAAGGUCCUAAUUCCAGAUUCGGUCGUUGGCGAGGAUGGAUCGAAAAGAGAGCGGCGGAGCGGUAUCAAAGUAUCACGCCUGAAGAGAGAGAACGACGACGGGCGCGGGGUUGGGGAAAUGCUGAAAUGGAUGCCUUAGACCCAGAGCCGCCAACGCCCACGUCGGUCUCUGGACUUACUGUGCAGACAAACAAUCUUCGACUCUCCACAAUAUCGACCCUCUCAGAACCACCACCCGACUCCCCUCCGUUGCCUCCAAUACCUGCCGUGAGCACCCGUUUACGACCGACCCAUUUGAAGAUGAACCAGUUUGGUUCACGCUUCCUCCCACAUUCCACCGUGCCGAUUCGUUGUUUGCUCCCCCUUCAAGCUGAUCGCUUAUUGCUCAUCGGGCACGAAGAGGGUCUUUCGGUCUUGGACCUAUUUCCACAAGAUUGGACGGAAGGAGGAGGCAUUGAUCUCAAAGGUCCUGAAGACGCUCGCGUCUACCAUAUCUGGCAGGGGGAAAGCGUUUUCCAAAUGUCAAUUCUAGAGCUCGACAGCGCCAGCGGAGUCGUUCUCAUGCUAGUUGCCCCAGAAUCCGAAACACCCAUCGGAAAGGACAUGGAAGGUCACAGGACAGUCCGGAUGUACAACCUCGCAUCUCUCAUAAGUCUGGCAAAGUGGUCGGUGGCGAAUAAGGGAGCGACCCCUCUUCAACUGGGGAGUUUCACUGUUUCACAAACAACACCCAAGAAGCACAGACCAACAAGCAGCAUCGCCCGCGGUUUCAAGUCGCUCAUUCCUCCAAGCAACCAAGAUGCCUCUGCACCUACACAAUCAUAUCAGACUUUAUUAUCGCCCUCUUCGUCAAUCAGAGCGCGGACACCACCCACCCGCAAUGAUUCAGACGACUCGACCUGGGAGCUAGUAGACGACCUACCAUUACGAUGGGCUCGGGAUUUUGUUCCUCUUGCCGCCGCUGGCUCGCGACUGCUCAAUUUAUCCAUAUUGAGCUUUGCCUUGUGGAAGCGAGAAGAGGGAAACUUUGGGCAGUUUCUGGCGGUUGCAACCAAAGGCUGUAUACUACUGUACGAGACACCGAAGAACGAGCGAGCGUUUCGAUUCGUAAAGGAAUUCUACACACCUCUACAACCAAAAGUGAUUUCGUUCUUCCAGCAAACGGUGCAUGAAAUUGCACGGAGUCCGACAGAUGUCCAUGGCCGCCAUCGACGGAACGGAAGUAACGGCAAUAACGCUGCCAUCCGCGCGAGUGGUGGCCGUACUGCUUCAGUGUCCAGUCCACGGAUUACCAAUUACGGCGCCCAGCUCAGUAUUUUUGUUGUCUUUGAAAAGAAGGCUGGCUGGAUUCGUUUGGCGGACUCGGCGGUGGGCGAAAUGGAACUUGCAGACGAUGCAGCAUCGCCCCAUAAUGGCCAUUUGAGAGCUGUUUCAAUGGGCCCGACUGGUCGAAGGCGUUCUGCUCCCGAAUCUCAUGUUUACCACCACGGAUGGAUUCCUCCUGUGCGAGCCGAGUUGCCGUCAAGAAGCGUCUAUCUUCUUACCAGGGGGAUAACGACUCACAUCAUGCCUUGUCCGCUACCCGCCCAAGCAUCUACGGUCCAGCCACUUGGAUCCGUGACCUGGCACGACUCUCCCAGCCACGUAUCACCUCGCUUGGGCCCGCACUGCUUACAAUUAGUGGCAUUGGGCCAGGGCAGCGUUGAAGUGCAAGAGGUACCAUUAUCGAUCUUGGGCGGGGAUGCAUCUGGGAAAGGGAAGGGCAAAGCAUCCGAGCCUGUUGUUCUCCGUGCGGAAGAAGACGCUGGCGGAGAGACCGGGUUUCUGUCCAUUGGCGGGCAUUGGGACGACGCGCGCACGACGAAUUUGCAGAGGACAUAUUCGACUGCGAGCGAUGCUUCUUUCCAGAGCGUGGAUACUGACGAGAUGGUGGACAAGCUACGGAGAGAGCAGGGCGUGUAUGGGUGGUGUAGAAAGGGGCUGUCAGACUGGAGGGUGUUCUGGCUGGGAGGUGGGUUCGUUGAUGAGCCUGAGGAUUCAGAGGAAGGGAAUGAUAUUGAUAUGCGAACCUAA